AUGGCCUCCGACACCGCGCCGCCAAAUGGCGGCGAAAACAUCUCCGCGGUAUCUCCGAAAUUAAAGGGCCGACAAUUCUAUGAGAGCAUAGGAAGUCCCAAGUAUAUCGUGGCUCCCAUGGUUGAUCGUUCGGAAUUUGCAUGGCGCAUGCUCACUCGAUCCUUCAUGACUCCAGACGAACAGAAAUCUCUUCUCGCAUAUUCCCCAAUGUACCAUGCACGACUGUUCGGUGAAAUGCCACGCAUGCGUGUGCAACACUUUCAACCGACUCGCGAAGCCAUCGGUGAUAUGGCCAACAAGGACGAACUCUUUCUCGACGGAAACCCGAAAUUCGACCGCCCGCUCUUCGUGCAAUUCUGCGCAAAUGAUCCGACCGAGUUCCUGGAGGCGGCGCGCCAUGUCGCACCUUAUUGUGAUGCCGUUGAUUUGAACCUCGGUUGUCCGCAAGGCAUUGCGAGAAAGGGUCACUACGGAGCUUUCCUCCAGGAGGACUGGGACUUGAUAUACAAGUUGAUUAACCGGCUUCACACUGAACUUUCUGUUCCGAUUACUGCCAAAUUUCGCAUUCAGGAGACCAAGGAAAAGACCUUGGAAUAUGCGAAAAUGAUUCUUUCCGCCGGCGCAAAUAUCAUCACUGUACACGGGCGCAGACGAGAGCAGAAGGGCCAUGAAACUGGGUUGGCGGAUUGGAGCUAUAUUCGUUAUUUGCGCGAUAACCUUCCACCGGAGACCGUCAUUUUUGCCAAUGGCAAUAUUCUGAACUAUGAAGACCUUGAGAAGUGUCUCGAGGCAACCGGUGCAGAUGGUGUGAUGAGCGCCGAGGGUAAUUUAUCCGACCCAACUAUCUUUAGCAAGCCACCUCCGGUCGGAAGUGAAGGGCGUGAGUACUGGCGAGGACGCGAUGGGAAGGGCGGUUACCGUAUCGAUGCGAUCCUCCGACGCUACUUUGACAUCAUCUACAAAUACGUCCUCGAGCAGCCAGCGCCAGAACGAAAGCCUCUCUUCCUCCCAUCCGACCCUGUGGACGACGCGGAAGAAAUCACAGAGCCUGAAGAGCCCGAAAGUGGCCCGCCCAAGAAGAAGCAGAAGCGGGAAAAGAUCAAAAAGCCCCAUUCUCCCAGCCUGGGUGUUAUGCAGGGACACUUGUUCCAGGUGCUUCGGCCGAUGGUCGCGAGCCACACGAAUGUUCGAGAUGCUUUGGCCCAGUCGCGGCCUGGCGAUAUGGCCGCCUUUGAAAAUGUAUUGGCUUUGGUUGAGCGUGCGGUCCAAUCAGGACUGAAGGAGUAUGAAUCUUCUCCAGAGAAGUUUGAGAAGAAGUCUGAUGAGACCUUGACGGGAUCAAAGGCCACUAUUGCCGAGUAUGGCCGACCUUGGUGGAUCUGCCAGCCUCAUAUUCGGCCAUUGCCCGAGGAAGCUAUGGAAUCAGGUGCGCUUACUGCCAAGGGCAAGACCACUGUCGCGAAGGAUGCCAAGGAAGAGAAGGAACCCCUCGUUGAUAUCAACACCCCUUCUUCCGGGACGGCAACACUUGUUGAUGGAACUGAUACGUCUGCCACUCUCACUCCCGAUCGUCUUGUGAGUGGAUGA